CAUGGGAUAUCAUCAGCCAUGCAUCAUGGGAUAUCAUCAGCCAUGCAUCAUGGGAUAUCAUCAGCCAUGCAUCAUGGGAUAUCAUCAGCCAUGCAUCAUUGGACUGCAACUGCAGCCAUGCAUCAUGGGUCAGCAACAGCCAUGCAUCAUAUGCAUACGAUGUCACACCAUCAUCUAAGUGUAUCACCAUCUCAUCUUGGUACAUCACCGCAUCAUGCCAUGACAUCCAACCAUCAUAAAGCUGUCACGCCAACUAUGGUGCAGUCUCAUACAGUCUCUCAUAYGGCCAGUCACGUGAGUUCCAACAUACAGCCUUCGUCAUCUGGCCUAUCAAUGUUAUCCUCAUCAGAUGCCAUAAUAUCUUGGGGAAGCUGGUACAACGUUGGAGAAUGCCUCAAUGUUUGCUGUGGGAUUGGUGGUCAUGUGACACAAAUCAGRUCAUGCGCAGUUCAUAUGCGUGAAAAUUCAACGUUACAUCCUUGUAGUUACUAUGGCAGCAGCUCUAGGAAGGUCACGUGCGCUGAGGCAUGCCCAAUGUGUAGUGGAGGUUCUACAAGAAACCUUUUGGGAGGUCUUGUCGUUAUAAUAAGCCUUCUGGCAGCCUCUUUGUACAACUAGUUCCAUAUUACAAGAGUGAUAUACAAAACACAAAUAUUACGAAAAGCAUUACUACCUU